UACAUACGGUGAGAUUACAAAAUUCGUGUAUGCGUAUAAAUAUACAAUCUAAAACGUUACCUGCCCAGUACUCUAAGUAAUUCUUUACAAGUUUUUGUGUUAAAAUAUUGUUGAAAAGUUUAUUUUUAAUAUGGAUCCUAGACAUCAAGGAACUCAUCAUACCACGGUUAUUGUGACUGAAGGUAUUAAUUAUGGACCAUCAAGCCAAUCCGUUGUUUGUCCGCAUUGUAAUUAUAGAGUAAACACAAAAAUAAAGCACAAAAGUAAUGCUGGGACCCAUAUUGGAGCACUUCUUUGUUGCUUCUUCUGUUGGCCUUGUUUCUGCUGUCCGUAUUGCUGUGCAUCUUGUAUGGAUGUCAACCAUUAUUGUCCAAAAUGUAAACAGUUUUUGGGAACAUAUAAGGGUUAAUUCCAAUAAUAAGAAUCACGAUUUGUAAUAUUAAUCAGAAUACAUUCGGUGUUUCGUAUUGUAUGUUGUAUAAUAAAUGUGUUUGAAUGCAACUAGA